GAGGGCGGGGUGUCGUCCCCUUUCGCUGAUGCAAGAGCCUAGUGCGGUGCUUGGAGGAGUACCGGCAGGAGAAGCGCUUACGCCGGGGUCUGGGGCUGACCUGUCUCACUUCCCAUCCGUGCCGAGCCCAUUCAAGCUGCAGCCAUGUCCGGGGAUGAGAUGAUUUUUGAUCCUACUAUGAGCAAGAAGAAAAAGAAGAAGAAGAAGCCCUUUAUGUUAGAUGAGGAAGGGGAUGCCCAGACAGAAGAAACCCAGCCCUCAGAAACAAAAGAAGUGGAGCCAGAACCAGCUGAGGACAAAGAUGUGGAAGCUGAUGAAGAGGAUAGUAGGAAGAAAGAUGCUUCUGAUGAUCUAGAUGACUUGAAUUUCUUUAAUCAAAAGAAAAAGAAGAAAAAAACAAAAAAGAUAUUUGAUAUUGAUGAAGCUGAAGAGGGUAUAAAGGAUCUUAAGAUUGAAAGUGAUACCCAAGAGCCAGCUGAACCAGAAGAUGACCUUGAUAUUAUGCUUGGCAAUAAAAAGAAGAAAAAGAAGAAUGUCAAGUUCCCAGAUGAGGAUGAAAUACUAGAAAAAGAAGAAGCUUUAGAAGAUGAAGACAGCAAAAAAGAUGAUGGUAUCUCAUUCAGUAACCAGACAGGCCCUGCUUGGGCAGGAUCAGAGAGAGACUACACAUAUGAAGAGCUACUGAAUCGAGUGUUCAACAUCAUGAGGGAAAAGAAUCCAGAUAUGGUUGCUGGAGAGAAAAGAAAAUUUGUCAUGAAACCUCCACAGGUUGUUCGAGUAGGAACCAAGAAAACUUCUUUUGUCAACUUUACAGAUAUCUGUAAACUAUUACAUCGUCAGCCCAAACAUCUCCUUGCAUUUUUAUUGGCAGAAUUGGGUACAAGUGGUUCUAUAGAUGGCAAUAACCAACUUGUAAUCAAAGGAAGAUUCCAACAGAAACAGAUAGAAAAUGUCUUAAGAAGAUAUAUCAAGGAAUAUGUCACUUGUCAUACAUGCCGAUCACCGGACACAAUUCUGCAGAAGGACACCCGGCUCUAUUUCUUACAGUGUGAAACUUGUCAUUCUCGAUGCUCUGUUGCCAGUAUCAAAACUGGCUUCCAGGCUGUCACAGGCAAACGAGCACAGCUCCGUGCCAAAGCUAACUAAUUUGCUAAUCACACCACUGAUUUUGCAAAGCGUGUUCUGAGGAAUUGGCUGGACAGGUUUACCAUCAGAAUGGAUAUAUCAUUGUAUUAAAAACAAGAUAGAAAAGCUGCCAAGUUCUUUGGCGAGUGGUUGGCUGAUCUGAAAUCCUUGCCGAUGCUCAAGCUGUUGACAUACUUAUUGCCUACUCUAACAACUGUCAGAGAAACAUGAUGGGGUAAGGAGGUGCUUUUUUAAUCGUUCAUAGACUUCUGUAAAACGCAAGAUAAAUUAAAGUUAUUAUAACAGUGAUUCUUUCAAUUUGAUUUGUCCUUCAGUUUUCUUUAUAAAAAAUGUGCUUAGUGAAUUCAGCAAUAAGCAAGUUUGUGCCUAUGCUCUGGCAAGGUCACACCGUACCUUUCUCCUGAAAAAACUGUAUUAUUGGCAAGCACUUUAAUUGGACAGCCACUAUUCCUUCUCAGCUUCUGAGAUACAAGGCUAACAGACCUGGUUUCCCACGAAAGGGUGGUUGGAACGUAAGAUCUGGGACAACUGCCUGUUUUCACUAUCCGACUACAUAGGUUUGAUUUUUUUCUUAUGUGAGGAUUGUUGCUACUACCUCUCUGCCAAGUCUUCCUUCCAGCUGUUACUCUAUAAGAGAAAUACAAGGUGCUAGGUACCCUUCUCAGAGUUUUCCUGGCCUCUGUCUUGUAACUGAUACACUAGUUGGGUGACUUUUUGGUGAUGAAGUGGUACAGCGUGUACAGUACACACAACUCUGAAAGCCUAAAUGGUGACACUAGCAGCAGCUUUUUUCUCCAACCUUGUGUUUUGGGUUCAAAAGGCCCUACCAUAAAUGCUUUUCUAUUUUCUGUACUAAAGGAACUUUGAAUGUGACUGAGAAAUCGAGAUAAUUUUGCUUGUGUGGUGUUUGUGGUGCCACCAGUUGUUUCCUGAUGACCUCCUGGAAAGGUAUUCUUUAUUGGAACCUAGGGGAGAAGGCUGUCCUGUGGGUCUGUGCACCUGCUUAGUUGAUAAGGCAUACACAGUACUUCUCCCUCUUUGGUGCCACUUUGUUCAUACUAAGUGGCUUAGCAGCAGUUGCUCAUCCCCAAGUGUCUUUUACCACCUUGUUUUUAAUCACUGUGACCUUUAAUUUUAAAAUAUAGGCCAGUGUUGCCAGGUACUUUGGCUGUGAAGUGGUGGAGGGAGGCUUCCCUCAAUUAAGUAGGUCUUCCUGAGAACACUCCAUACUGGAGUUGCCACCACUGCCAUGAUGAGCCCAGCUGCUGCUUAUGACCCUGUUUUCUUUAUUUUGUAUCUACACCACAGGAUUCCCAAUUUUGGAUAAUAUUGUGUGAAUAAAGCAAGGA